CACUUUUCUUUGACCCCACCUACCUGGCUGGCAGGUGCAUAAAAAGAAAAAAGGAACAACACUCCAGAGUACUAAGUAACUGCUGAAGAGCUGGGACUUGACUUCUUCUCUUCCCUGAAUUCUUGCCACUUCUCCAGUCUACCUUUGGAAAUCCAUCAGUCAUGCUGUUUUGGCAUAGCCAACCUGAUCAUUACUGGCCAAGUCCGGGAGAAAUGUAUCCUUGCCCUGGCAACAAUCUCAUAAGAGAGCCACUGGCGCUGCCAUUCCUAAAGCAGGAAGAACCAAACAUCUCAACAUCAGUUGAGCAGCAUUGCCCAUCUUUCCAGUAUAUUCUGUGUGCCGUUACCUCUCCAGCUGUCAAACAGCAUGAGGAAACUCUCACCUAUCUCAAUCAAGGGCAAUCAUAUGAAAUCCGGAUGCUGUGUAAUCCCAAAAUAGGUGAAUUUGCUGAGGGACGGAAGCUGCUGAAGAGUGUAAUCAGGGUGGUCUUCCAUGACCGAAGACUGCAAUACACAGAACACCAGCAAUUAGAGGGAUGGAGAUGGAACAGGCCAGGUGACCGCAUCCUGGAUAUUGAUAUCCCCAUGUCUGUGGGCAUUCUGGAGCCCCACAUGCCCUCCACUUUGCUCAAUACUGUGGAAUUCCUGUGGGACCCAACUAAGCGCACUUCAGUCUUUGUGCAGGUCCACUGCAUUAGUACUGAGUUCACACUUCGUAAGAAUGGUGGGGAAAAAGGGGUUCCCUUUCGCAUCCAAGUUGACACUUUCAAGCCCAAUGAGAAGGGUGAGCACAUGGAACACUUGCACUCCGCCAGCUGUCUCAUCAAAGUCUUCAAGCCCAAAGGAGCAGACCGGAAACAGAAAACAGAUAGGGAGAAGAUUGAAAAACAGUCCCUCCAGGAGCGGGAGAAGUACCAGCCUUCAUAUGACAGCACAGUAUUGACAGAGUGUGCCCCUUGGCCUGAAGUUUCCAGCAAUCUCAAUAGUCCUCCACCAACUCCUGGCCUUGUCUCUCCACAUCCCUUCAAGCUUCAGACCCCUGAAAGGGUCUGCUCCUCACCCAGUUAUGCCUUAGACAGCUCAUCAGAGACCAUGGCAGAGACCCUGAGUCCAAGUGCCUCCAUUUUGGAAACUCAACAGUGGUUACUCAAAAACAGGUUCUCCAAUUAUUCCAGAGUUUUUGCCAGCUACACAGGAACUGAUUUGCUCAAACUGUCCCGCAAUGAUCUUGUACAGAUCUGUGGAAUGGCAGAUGGGAUUAGACUUUCAAAUGCUCUAAAAGCGAGGACUGUGCGCCCUCGUCUCAUUCUUUAUGUGUCCAAGGAACUGGAAGCAAGUGGGAACAAUGCUCCUCCAAACCCAGCAUCUGUUAUAUACCAGGAGUUAUAUCUGGAGGAACUGACUGCCACAGAGCUGACUAAUAAAUUGGCAGAACUGCUUAGCGUCCCAGCCAAUCAGGUCCAGCAAGUUUCCAAACAGGGGCCUACAGGAAUUCACAUCCUCGUCAAUGAUCAGAUGGUCAGAAAUCUUCCAGAUGAAUCCUGCUUCAUAGCAGCUGUAACAAAAGUACAGAAUGCAGAAGGCUACCAUUUAGUUCUAAAAUAGACUAGGACCUUCUUGACGGUGUGCUGCUGGCCUGCAAGAAGAUGGGGAGCUGAAAGGUGCAAAAGCAGGCGCAAUAAGAAUAUUAAUAGCAAUACCCCACAAGUUGACUCUACACUAAAGAACUCAAGGCUGACAUCAACUGAUACAGAUUUUAGCAACAGGAAUCUGUAGUGCAAUAAAACACUGGGAUUUUUUCUGUAUUUCUUUUUUUUUUUUUUUUGCAAAAAGCAAGUGGCAACCAUGUCACCUCACUUUACAUAGACUCCAAAGAAUUAUGUAUAUUAUCAACUGAUUAUCUAAUAUGUUGCAAGCAAAAUAACUAGUUGCAUAAUUAUCAGUUUCUAAUGAUAUUAUUUGCGCAAGUCCACAUUUUCUGUUAGGAGGAAGAUGUUCUCAGACUUAUAUUUGUUGUAGUGAUGAAACCUGAUAAAAGUGCUUUUAAGAAAAUGAACAUAUCAGUAGUUGAUCCUUUACAAAGGUAAUAAUUCUCCCUUGCAAGAGGGACGGGGGCUAUCACAGACUGGUUUUGCUGUAAGGGAAAGCAAGCCUCAAUCAAGAGUAUUUAUGUGUGGGAAAUGCUCAUCCUCUAGUCAAUUUAUUUGCAAGGUCAACAGAAAAUCAAAAACAACCACCACCACCAUGUUUUUUGGUUGGGUCCUUUCCACAACUAAUGGUUGCAGCAUCUGUGAUGGAGGUGAACAGCCAUGCUCAUUGAACAGAUGGUGCACCAGUCAAUUACCUGGAAUUGUGGAGAAUGCUGCAGGGCCAUCUACUUUUGCUAAUUUCUUUCUCUAUAAGAAUGCCCAAGCAAUGCAGAGCUUUGCUUUUCAAGUGCUCAUUAAUGGUUAGCUCAGUGUGACAAUGCCAUAAAAUGUUCAGUUGUAAAGGAAACCUCUUUAGUUUUUGCUCAUCUGUCCCGCAACCAAAAGGCAGAUUUGUCUGUUGCAAUGUUAUCAGUGCAGCUUUCUUUGAUUUUGACAUUGGAUAGUUUCAGUGGGAGAAGUGCCAACUGUUUUUGUUGGCUUCUAUUGGAAAAUACAAUUAGAUAUUGAUGAUUCUUGGUAGAGAAAUCCAAAGAGUUAAGCUAAGGUCAUACAAGAGACUAUGUAACAAUCUUCCAUAAAUAUCGAAUUAUUAUCUAUUCUAACCACCAGGGCAGUCAUUUCUUCAAACAUUGUUUGAAGAAAUGGUUUGUUUUUACAUUUAUAAAAUACAGAUUAUGGGACAUUGGUUGCCAGCUUUUGUAGCAUUUUAAUUUAAAAGGCCAAAUAUUGAAAUGGAUGAUUGGAUGAUUCUCAAAUAGUUUAGAUUGCACUCAUUCAUUUGCUUAUCUACAAAUAAUCACUAGUGACCUAAACAGUCCUGACUUGAGUAAGUAUGCACAGAAUCUUGCUAUUAAAUAAUCUACCAAAAAAGAAGUGCCUGUAAACCAUUAGCUUUUAAGUGAAACAUUUCUGGAUUCAUAUGGUUUAAACCAUGACUUCACUUAGUAUUAACUGCAAUCUUUUUUUAAAAAUCUAUUUUUAUUUGGAUAUUGCUGUUAUUUGUCUAAGCCUUUUUAAACAUGACUGUAUCUUACUGCCAUCUGUUACCAGCUGGGUGGGGGUUUUUUUGUAAUGAUUUCUAAAUCCUGCACAGUAGGAAAGCAGCAGCAUAAUUAUAAAGUAAUCAAGAGUGCCUAUUUUUAUACCAGAUAAACAUAAUGUAUUAAUGCAAACACAUAUGAAGUGCUAAGUCAAUAGCACAAAGCACACCUAUCCCUUUGAAUAGUGAUCCACUUUGUGAUGUACAACUUCUGUGAUGUUUAAAAAACUCUUGCCUUUCCUAUGUAAAGGAAAUCCCAUUUAAACUUAAACAUUCAGAAACACGACAGCCUUAAUAUUUUAAUCAAUUCCCAGAUAUUGAUGAAAGCUUUAACCUACAUUACAAUUUACCAACUCAAAGCUUUCUUCAUAUACCAUACUCCUGAAGUCUCUGUUUUGUUGUACAGGAUAUGAGGAAAACACUUGUUUCAGGUAGGUAUUGAUUGGUAAAUUUACUGUUGCUGACAAAUCUUGCUAGCAAUAUUCUACAAUACAGUAAAUCUAGGUCUGCCCUUUGUAGAGUGGGGAAAAAAUCUAAAAUUACUCCAGGGGAAUUAUUUGAAACAUGUAAUCGUAUUACCUUUUAAUUAAGGUAUGUCGAUUUUCCAUCUUCAUACACUGACUAUUUUUGGUCUGUUCUUUUUAUGUUGUAAUAAGAUGGAUUUGUUAUAGAAAUUUGAUAUGCCACAGACCUAGUAUUAAUUUCCAGAAAGAGUUAAUACUUUUAAUACAGUAUACCAUUGAUUUUAGAAUUCCAGUUAAAUAGAUUAUGCUCCUGUUCGGAGCGCAAGAAUUCCUUGUCCAUUAACUGUGGACCCAAAUCUAAAUUAAUUCUGGAAGACAAUUUGAAGAACAAAUUACUCAAUCUGUUCCUCUAAAUCUUUUCUUGGAAAACAUUUUUCUCAUGGUGACAGAAUGCCAAAUAUUUGGAACUAGACUUUUUUUGCAGCGUUUCCUACACUAUGACCUUGAUCAAGGUUAUAUUAUUAUAAAAUAAAAAGAAACUCAUUGACCCAUGUGCAUAUUUUGGUUGUAGUAAAUUGGCAUUAUUACAUCUGCAACAGUUUUCAGGAGCAGUGAAUACACAGAUUCAUGUUUUUGAAAUAUACAGAUUUCUCUCUAGUCUAUACUUAGGGGACUAAAUGGCAAGAUUUCAACGUGUAUGUCUAAUAUAUUUGUUAAAGAGGAGAAUUAUGCUCCAUAUAUUCAAAGUACUGUGUUUCCCCGAAAAUAAGGCCCUGUCUUAUAUUUUUUUGAAUCCCGAAGUAAGUGCUGGCCUUAUUUUCAGAGAGGUCUUAUUAUUUUGGGGCGUGUGGAGGAAACCAGAGGAAAUAGUGGGGACCAGCUGCGCAUGCGUUUAAAUAUUUUCAGGGAAGGCUUAUUUUCAGGGGGAGGGGCUUAUUUUAGCGCAUGCGCUCAGAAGCCCGAUUGGGCUUAUUAUUAGAGGAUGUCUUAUUUUUGGGGAAACAGGGUAGCUUUUUCACACUAAGCAAAAUAUCAAGUUGUAUAAAUGCGAUCUUAAAAUUUAAAAACAGAUACUCUAUAGUUCCAGAGUGAAAUGUUCAAUAAAACUUUUAUUUAAUUAAAAAGUUCUUAUGUGAGUGCUUUGACACCGGUUUCCUAAAGGAAUUCACUGAAUUGCAUUAUAUUAUGUUAGGAUCCUAAAUAUAUUUUGUAUAUAAACUUCAAAUACCCAACCCUUGGACAAUCCCCAGGGACUUAUGCAUGGGUCCUUUUUGCAGAUUCCCAUUAUUCCAAUAAUUACCAUUAUUCCAGUAAUUCUUCAUUCUAAACUGAUUCAACUAAUUGUGCCUGUCCAUACUUCUAGGUAGACUAUAAGCUUUCUGACAGUUAAAAAGCAAUAGGUGGAAGGUUGGGGAAAUCACAUAAAAUACCCAAACGAUUAGCAUAGAUGCCCCCCCCCAGCCUAGGGCCAUGUGUUCUCUCCAUUUUAUUAUUCUUUUCUCUAUAUACCAAUGACUGCACCUCUAAAUAGUCUUCUGUUAAAAUAUGUAAGUUUGCAGAUGAUACAACAGUCAUUGGUCUCAUUCGAGAUGAUGAGUCUGUUCAAAGGGAGGUUGUACAACUGACCCUAUGUGCAGCUCGAACAAUCGGGAGCUGAAAAUGCUUAAAACUAGAGAUAAGAGUGGAUUUCAGGAGGAGCAUUCCUUCUCUACCACCUCUAUCAGAGAACACAGUAUCAACAGUAGAGUCCUUAAAGUUUUUGGGUUCUAUAGUUUUCCAGGAUUUGAAAUAGACAUUAACAUUAGAACCAUCAUUAAAAAGGCAAAACAAAGAAUGUUCUUCCUGUGUCAACUCUGAAAGUUCAGACCGUCUAAGGAGCUGCUGAUACAGUUCUACAGAGGAAUUACUUAAUGUGUCAUUUGUACCUCGGUCACUGUCCGGUUUGGCACAGCAACCAGACAGGACAGGUACAGACUUCAACGGAUAAGGUUUGUAGAAAAAAUAAUUGCAACCAGCCUGCCUUCCAUUGAGGACCUAUAUAUUGCUUUCCACAGUUCUGUCUUAUGUCUAAGUAUAUUACCCAUGUAGUAUGACUUACAGUAUUACAUUUAUCCUUCUGAUCUGUUGCAUUACCUUCUUUAUUGGUAUCAUGAUUAUCCUUUGUUAUUAUGAUUAUUACUUUCUUCUUUUGCAUGUACACUGGGAGCUUGUAUACUGGAGACAAAUUCCUUGUAUUUCUAAUCACACUUGGUCAAUAUUCUAUUUAGUUCUGUUCUGUUCUACUCUAUCAGCAGCAACUACCACCACCUGACAAAUAGAGAAGUCAUGAAUUGCAGUUCACCAAAUGUGCUCCAAUUGGAGAAAAUAAUAAUUUGUCUUCUAAUUUGAUACUAGUAGGUUAAAUGCUCUCUACAUGGGGUUCCCCUUGGGGUGCACCCGGAGGCUGCAGUUGGUCCAGAAUGCGGCUGCGCGGGGAAUUAUGGGAGCGACGGGGCGCUCACAUAUAACACCUCUCCUGCGCGAGCUGCACUGGCUUCCUGUGGUCUUCCGGGUGCGCUUCAAGGUGUUGGUAACCACCUUUAAAGCGCUCCAUGGCUUAGGGCCGGGGUAUUUGCGAGACCGCCUUCUGCCGCUAAUAGCCUCCCACCGACCGGUUCACUCGCACAGAGAGGGCCUCCUCAGGGUGCCAUCGGCCAGGCAGUGCCGGCUGGCGACCCCCAGGGGGAGAGCCUUCUCUGUGGCAGCACCUGCCCUCUGGAAUGACCUGCCCCCUGAGAUACGCACGAUAUCAGACCUCCAGACUUUUCGUCGGGCCCUGAAGACACACUUGUUCCAUCUAGGUGAGCUGGCUUGAUCCCACCCUCUCAGUUUUUUAAUCGAAUUUCGGUUUUAAUUGUUUUAAAUUCGGGCCAAAAUUAUUUAAUUGUUUUUAAAAAUGUUUUUAAAUUUUAUAUGCUAUGUUUUAUCCUGGCUGUACACCGCCCUGAGUCCCGCAGGAGAAGGGCGGUAUAGAAAUAUACUUUAAUAAAAUAAAUAAAUAAAUCCAAAAAUUGAAA